AUGUUAUUAUUAUCUUAGCGCCAAUCAACCUAAUUAGAAGAAUUAGAAAAUAUGAAGGCAUCUAUAUUAGGUUAAUAGUCUUCUCGUUCAAGAAAUCUUUCAAAUGAAAGACCAUAAACCUAUUAGAGAUAAUUACAAUUUUCUAUAGACAAUAUAAGGUAUAAAAACAAUAUUCAAUCAUAUUCUGUUGAAAAACAAGUAAAAAGUAAUGAUUAUUCUAUUAGUUGAAUUUAAGUACAUAGAAUUAAAAGGUUGAAAAUUUAAUUGCAACUUGGACUCAUCAAAAAAAUUCUUAAUCUUUACAUUCAAGUCCCAAUGUAGUUAUACCUAAUAAGUUUAUUACUGAUCCCCGUUUGCCAGUUUAAUUAGAUAAUCAAAAUAAAGAAUCCAUCAAACCCCAUAUCAUUAUAGAGGAGGAUGUAUUGUUUACAGAAGAAACAGAGAAUUAACCUUUUAUUUAAAACAAUAAAACUAAACAAAUUAAGUCUCCUAUCCAUUUGAUUGCUCCUACAAAGAGUUAUAAAGAGUAAUGUAUUAAAUUGUUAAUGAAGAAAACCAAGAAAUGACUAAAUAUAAUAAGGGAAAGAAAUUAUAUAAUUAAAAUUAUCAAAGACCAUAGACUACAAAAACAAAUCCUAGUAAUUAAACUAAAUCAUCACCUCUUGUGUUUAAAGAGUAGUCAUUGUAGAAUCCAAUGAGAAUAUCGUAAAUUGAUCAAGCAAAAUUGAAUAAUCAAUAGAAUGGAUCAAAUAGUUAAAAUUGCAAUAAAAAUAAAUAAUAUUCUUAAAAAAUAGUCAAAAAGAAUGGUAUAAUUAUCCCUGAUGAAUCUCAAUAAGAUAAUUAAUUCAUUCCAGAAUUAGAAAGAUUAAAAGAGUAGAUUUUAUCAACAUACUUAAAAUAAAAUCGUGCUCUUAUUGGAUCUUAAAAUUAAAUUGUUAAGUAUAUCAGUGUAAUAAAAUUAGAAAUUUUGAUGAAAUUCUAUCAAUAUUAAAGCAGGAUUUCCCCAAAUGA